UAGAUUAUAUUUUAGGGCAUUUAUCAUGAAGCGGGGAGUUAAAUGUGAGAAUUGAUAGUUAAUUGGAUUAAAUGUAAAGAGAGAGAGUUUGAGGGCAAAGUGUAAUUGGUCCCCCUACUUUUGACAAGUUUCUCUGGCCAUCUCUCUUGUGUGCGCGUAAUUGUUAUGAUUCUGUAAAGGGGAUGAAGAUUGAAGGGAAAGCCAAGUGUAAGAAUCGUACUCUGAGAAAGUAGGAAUUAAAUUAGAUUGUUUUUAUGGUUUCUGGUUGAUUGCCGGCGACGGGGAAGAGGUAAUUGAAAAUGUGGUUUGUUGUUUAUUGAGAUCGCCUCCGAAAAAGAAAAAAAGAAAUCUGAAAGAAGUGGAGAAAGAAGAAAAUUGAGAUUGAGGGAUGAAGGGUGGGGGUGGGGGUGUUUCUGCAUCGUACUCACUUCCGGCGAAGAGAAGAUGGAAGGGUCUCGUGAUAGGGGUCCUUGGCCUAGUAUUUCUUUCCAUGCUCGUACCCCUCGUCUUCUUGCUCGGACUCCAUGUCCACCCUACCAACGGCGAUGGCACUGAACAGCGGGACUCAGCCUCGAAUCAUGUGAGAGUUUAUGAUCAACACAAUGAUGCUGAUACAAGAAAUCAAUCUAAGGUUCACCAAUCAACACAUAUGGAUGAUCAUGUAAUAAGAUUCACUCCAUCUCUCCCAAAGGUUCUUGCAAAUAGCUCUGUCCGUGAAGGUGGGAAUGAUACCAACGGUAAGGGACCAAAUCAGAGUUUUCCAACGCCAGCAGAUGUGCCAAAACAAGUCAAAAAGAAUAGUGGAUCUCUUGAUAGAGAUAAAACUGGUGAGAACAUGACAGGUGCUGAUGAGAGUGAGAUGAUUUGUGAAUUAAAAUUUGGGAGUUACUGCUUAUGGCGCCAACAACAGAAGGAAAAAAUGGAAGACUCUGUAGUGAAGAAAAUGAAGGACCUACUUUUUGUUGCUCGGGCUUACUAUCCUAGUAUCGCGAAACUGCCAGAAUUGGACAAAUUGUCUCAUGAACUGAAGCAAAAUAUUCAGGAUUUUGAGCGCGUUCUUAGUGAAACUACCACAGAUAAAGAUCUCCCCCCUCAGAAUAUGCAGAAGUUAACAAUGAUGGAGGCUGCAAUAGCAAAAGCAAAGUCAUUCCGUGUGGACUGUAAUAACGUUGAUAAAAAGUUUAGACAACUAGUUGACCUGACGGAGGAUGAAGCUAAUUUUCACAUGAAACAGAGUGCUUUUCUAUACAAACUUGCAGUUCAAACCAUACCAAAGAGUCUCCAUUGUUUAUCAAUGAGAUUAACUGUUGAGUAUUUUAGAACUUCUUUUGAAGUUGAGGAGGCACUGAUUGAGAAAUUUGUAAACCCAGACUUGUACCACUAUAUCAUCUUCUCCAGGAAUAUACUCGCAUCGUCUGUAGUAAUCAACUCAACUGCACUAAAUGCAAAAGAAAGUGGGAAACAGGUUUUUCAUCUGUUGACGGACAGGGAAAAUUAUUUUUCUAUGAAAUUAUGGUUUUUCAGAAACAACUAUGGGGAUGCUGCAGUUCAGGUGCUGAAUAUUGAAGACCUUAAGUUGUAUAAUCAUCAUAAGGUGGCACCGUUAGAUCUGUCAUUGCCUGAAGAAUUUCGUGUUUCCUUUCGUAGGGUUGAUAAACUGUCUUCUACUCAGUUUAGAACGCAAUACCUAUCUAUGUUUUCGCAUUCCCAUUAUCUCCUUCCUGAGAUAUUUCAGUCUUUGAAGAAAAUUGUGGUCUUGGAUGAUGAUAUCGUUGUUCAGAGCGACUUUUCAGCCCUCUGGAACAUUGACAUGGGGGAAAAAGUGAAUGGUGCCAUGCAGUCCUGUGCAGUGAAGUUGUUUCACCUAAAAACUUACUUGCCAAGUAGCAAUUUUGAUGAAAACUCUUGUGCUUGGACCUCGGGAGUAAAUAUUAUUGAUUUAUCUAGGUGGAGGGAACACAAUCUUACUGGAAAAUAUCAGAGGUUGGUGCACGAGAUGAAGAAAGGAGAUGGAAUAUCUGAAACAAGUACAUUAAGCGCUAGCCUGCUAACGUUUGAAGGUCUAGUUUAUGGUCUUGAGGAUAGUUGGAUGGUAUCUGGUUUGGGCUAUAACUAUGGAGUGGAUUUGGAAUCCAUCGAAACAGCUGCAGUAUUGCAUUUUGAUGGGAGCAUGAAACCAUGGCUGGAGCUUGGCAUUCCUAAAUACAAAAGCUUCUGGAGGAAGUUUCUGAACCCACAAAAUCAGCUUCUGAAUGACUGUAAUGUGAAUCAGUAAAGAUGUCAUAUAUUGCUGUUGGCUUCUGGAGCAACAACCUAAUUUCCAUUCUGUUUUAAGCUGACGUCAGACUAAGAUCCAUCAGAUCAACUUGAUCAUGUCCUAUUCCUCAUGUGUUGGUGGUCAUAAAAGAGAAAAAUAAUGGUGAAAAGGUAACAUCUCUGGGUCGAACAACAGUCGAUCAAGUUACACAUGACAUGCCUAUCUAUUACACUGAGCAUGGUUGGUAGCUGGAGAGUAGUGAUACAAGUGCUUCUUUUUUGCUUUUUUUUUUUUAUUCACAUUUACUUUUUCAUGCUUGCCUGUUUAAAGAUUGGCCAUUCCUGAGAAGAGGAACGCCAGGCCCCCCAAAAAAAAUAUUUGUUUAAUGCCCGUUCAGAGCGAAUAUUACAUUUUGUUUAUUUUUACACAUAAUUAUUGUGUUGAUUGUCUUCAAAUCAUUCUCGGCUUGCAGGUACACAAACACAUAUAUGUAUGCGUAGGCAUUAUUUGCAUUCAUCUUACUUUUGGGCUGUGAUUUCUUUAGGUUGACCCUUCUGGUGGUAAUCUUAUACUGUUGGAAUAUGUUCCCUAAUCAAAAACUUUGUACCGUGAGAGACUGAGAAAUGGAUGGUGGUGAUGGAGCUUCAUUUUAUUCUU